AUGGAGCCGACGGUGGAGCUGAGGAGGCGGCGAGACGACGCGGGCGAGCGGACGAUAUGUUUCCAACUCCGGCUGCGGGUGGAGCGGAGCCGCUGAUCCACGGGAACCCGUCCGCGCACGGAGGCGCAGCCGCUAAGGCCCCCGAGGAGCAGGAGCAGAGGAAGGUUUCCCCCCGCGCGUAAUCUGUGGAUUCCUGCGCCGACACAGCUCCUCUAAUCAACAUUGUUCCACCGGGACGUCGACGGCUCUUUUCUUCGCGUGCGUGCAGCCAGCAACAGGUUCUCCACUGCGUCCUGCUCCCAGUAGCAGCUGCUGGGGAACUUCUCCUCGUGUGAACCCGAGGGAUCCGUGUUUUGGUGUUUUUGUGUGUUUUUGUUUUCCCUGGCCACUCUUUUUUUCUCCGUGCGUCCACCGAGCAGCAGCUUUGUGCUCACAGCCGGGCAGAGUGUGCAGGAGCCGGGUGCACUGCGAGCCAGAGGAGGGCGACAGGACCGGGACACGAUGCGUAAAAGUUAAUUAAACGCUGCUGGGUGAUUAAUAGAAACACACGCAGACAGACAGACACACACACACACGCUGGAGGAGCUGCUGCAGAGGAUUGUGUUCCAGGAAGGAUUGUGUGGACCUCGAUGGUUCCAAACAAGUGGACCAUGAAUUCAGUUCUGCACAAGUCGCCACCGAGGAGCUGGCUCGGUCUCAGAUUACGAAUCAAUGACAAGCCCGUCCAGGAGGAGGACUGGGUGGCGUGCCAGCACCCUGAGUGUCCCGAGCGCCGCAGGGCCACUAAGGUUUGCCACCACCCGGACUGCCAGGACCUGAACAGCAAGAGCCCCCUUCAUCUGUGUGAGUCAUGUGACUCCCGCUUCCACUCGGAGAACACAGACAACAUGCACUUUGACCGACACCCGCGAUUUGACUUGCAACCUCAAGCCUCCAUCCUGGCUCGGAACGUGUCCACGCGCUCCUGUCCCCCACGCACCAGCCCCCCCUCCGACCUGGAGGAAGAGGACGAGGGGACCACCGACCGCGGGGAGCGUAAAACCGGGGGGCUGAAGCUGGUGAAGAAGAAGCCGCGGAGACGCCACACGGACGACCCCAGUAAGGAGUGCUUCAGCCUCAAGUUUGAUCUCAACGUGGACAUAACCACAGAAAUUGUACCUGCGAUGAAAAAGAAAACACUGAGAGAGGUUCUGGGACCAGUGUUUGAGAGGAACGGCAUCGAGCUGUCCCGGGUCGACCUCUUCCUGGAUCAGUCCAACACGCCUCUGUCCCUCAACUUCGAGGCGUACCGCUUCGGAGGACACUACCUCAAGGUCAAAGCACGGCCAGGCGAUGAGCUGAAGGUGGAGCAGGGUGUGAAGGACAUGAGGUCUCUCAGCCUGCCCAACAUGAAGCCCUCCGGGGGUCAGGGCCCCUACAUCCUCACCCCGGGCAGCGAGCGGGUGGAGCACGGAUCCCUGGGACGCAAGGAGACCUUAGAUCUGCUGAAGGUGGGUAAUGUGAUUGAAGACGAAUCAGCAAAAGUCAAGGGUCAGGCGCGAAAGAGGAAGAACAUGACGGAGUUCCUCGGAGAGAAGGACAUUCCCACCCCGGAGGCCCUGGGGCAGAUCGGUGGCUCCCUGCCCAGUGGCGGGCCCGGGCCGGACAGCUGGAAGAACCGUGCUGCCAGUCGCUUCAGUGGCUUCUUCAGCUCCAGCGCCGGAGGAGGGCCCUUCGGAAAGGACGGGGAUCGACUGGAGCAGCUCCAGAGCAAACUCCACACCUACUGGCAGCUCGGCCUGCCCAAGGUGCCGCGGCAGCUCUCCUUCCACCAGGACUCGUGGGAGGAGGAGGAGGAGGAGGAGACCAACCUGGUGCUGGAGGACAGCUGGCAGUCACUGCUGGACGACCCCAAGACGUUGACAAGGAGACAGUUCCACCAGCAGGAGGCGAUAUGGGAGCUGCUGCACACGGAGGCUACCUACAUAAAGAAACUCCGAGUCAUCACUGAUCUGUUCCUGUGCGGGCUGGUGAACCUGCAGGAGAGCGGCCUGCUGACGGAGGUGGAACCCGCCAAGGUGUUCAGCAACAUCCAGGAGCUCGUCCUCCUGCACACGUCCCUGUGGAGCCAGGUCAUGCUGCCGGUCCUGGACAAGGCCAGGAAGGCUCGGGCCCUGCUCGACCCCACCGAGCUCCACCACGGCUUCAGGACGUUUGGCUCCAGGUUCCAGCCGUACAUCCGGUACUGCAUGGAGGAGGAGGUCUGCAUGGAGUACAUGCGCACACUGCACCGGGACAACGAGCUCUUCCGGACCUACGUCACGUGGGCAGAGACACACAAGCAGUGCAACCGUCUGAAGCUCGCCGACAUGCUGGCAAAGCCUCACCAGAGACUCACCAAAUACCCCCUGCUGCUGAAGAGAGUUCUGAAGAAGACGGACGAGCCGUCGGCCCGGGACAUCGUCAACAACAUGGUGGCGACGGUGGAGGGCUUCAUCAACAGCGUGGACUCACAGAUGCGUCAGCGUCAGGAGCGACAGAAGCUCGCCACCACCUCGGCCCGCAUCGACUCCUACGAGGCUGUAGAGGGCAGCAGUGAGGAGGUGGAGAAGAUCCUCAAGGAGUACAGCCACUUCGACCUCAUGGCGCCCAUGAGGGGCGUCUCGCCGGAGGAGACCCGGCAGCUGCACCUGGAGGGGGCUCUGAGGAUGAAAGAGGGCAAAGACAGUCGGAUGGACGUCUACUGUUUCCUGUUCACCGACCUGCUGCUGAUCACCAAGCCAGUAAAGAGGCUGGAGAAGGUGAAGGUCAUCCGCCAGCCGCUGUUCAUGCACAACGUCGUGUGCAAGGAGCUGAAAGACCCCGGCUCGUUUAUCCUCAUCUACCUCAACGAGUUCAAGAGUGCAGUGGCGGCCUACACUUUCCAAGCCAACAGCGCCACCCAGGGGCGAAGCUGGAUCGAUCUAAUCUGCAAUGUGCAGAACCAGCUCCAGAGGCUCCGCACUGAGGAGGUCCUCCGACAGCAGAAGAGUCCGAAGACGUGCUCGGGUGAAGAGGAGGAGGAGGAGGAAGAGGAGAGCAGCAACUCCACCACCAGUUCCCCGUGCUUGAGGCACAAAGAGCAGCAGAACUCCAGCCAAUCAGACGGCUCCACUGAGACCCUGUCGGUGAUGGACAUCGAUGAACCCGGUGAAAACCAAGAGUCUUCUGCUCCCAACAUGAACCUCGAGGCCACUAAGACGGACUCGGACUCCGAUGUGGCCCCUCAGUCCGAAGGCUCUGAGGUCCAGAGGUCUGAGUCCACCAGCUCCCACAGCGUCCACUCCAGUAUUUACUCUGAGCACGACCAGGAGGCGAGGGCGGACGGCGAGGAGCUGGACCCCCAGCUCCGCUCGCUCUCCAUGGACAGCGCCUACGGCACCCUCUCCCCCGAGUCCCUCCUGAGAGAGCUUCAGCCACAGCCCAGUGAAGGAGAGGAGACCGAGGAGGAGGAGGAGGAAGGACAGGAGGCGGAGCGGGAAGGAGGAGACGUGGAUGAGCUAGAAGAAGAGCGUCAAAGGGAGGAGGAAGAGGAGGAAGAGGAGGAGGAGGAUGCUACCUCACUGGGAUCCCAGCUGUCAGUCAUCCAGUGCUCCAAGCCUCGCCGGCGGCCUCAUGUCCAGACGCGACUGCAUUGUCUCCAGAGGCUGUCCACUCUGACCCUGUCCCGCUCCGAGGACAACCUCCUGCAGCGCCUCUACGGAACCCCCCCCCUGUCCCACAAACACUCGCUCAGCCCCCGGGAGGAGGACCCGUCCCACUGUGGGGACACGCACACGCCGUCGCUGGUGCACAGCAAGAGCCUGACGGAGCUGGGCCAGAACUGCAUGGAGCUGCUGCCCGGUGACCUGGACCAGUCUGAGGACUCCACCAGCACCAGCGUGCCGUCCGACCAAGUGUGCGCCAGCCUGAGGAGGGCGGAGGCCCGGCACGGCCGCAGGGCGCCCGCCGGACAACGUGAGGGUAACGAGUCCCAGAGCAACAGCUCGGAUGGGGAGACGUCUCCUUCUGCCGGCGUGGAGAGGAAAAAGGAGUCGGCGGCCGACGGUGAUUCAGGGGAAACGUCGCCCAAGAAGAGGAAAUCUCCGGCUCAGCAGCACAAGAAGCUGACGCUGGCUCAGCUGUACAGGAUACGCACCACUCUCGUCCUCAACUCCACACUCACUGCAUCGGAGGUAUAACCACUCUUCCAAACAGCUGAUCAGUGGCUCGUGGACGUUACAAGAAACAACAUGGACUGAAUUUCUUGAGACACAGAUGCACUCUCUCUCCUGCUGCCCUCUCCCUUCCUGUUGCUUUUUCUUUAUUUUUUUUUGGGGGGGGACACUGACUCAAAUCAUUUUUACAUUUGAACAAUAACAAUCCUUUUUUCUUUUUUCACCCUUUGCUGUUGCAUUGGUUUCCCCCUGACAUUUCUGGAAGGGAAAGGAGAGGCAGAGAGACAAUUAACUGCUUGCACUUUGCAACGGAAGUAGCAUCACCGGGGGCUGGGACCUUGAGGUGGACUGGGGGGGG